AUGGAGAUUAUCGUCGUCGGCGCCGGCAUUGCCGGUCUCAGCGCUGGCAUCGCCCUGCGCAGGGCAGGACACACGGUCACGAUCCUCGAGCAGUCCCGCCUGCUUCAAGAGACUGGCGCCGCCAUCUCGAUAGCACCAAAUGCGUCGCCGGUCCUCCGCAGCUGGGGCUUCGACAUUGCCAAGUCGCGCAUGGUGGCCAUCAAAACUGGCAGCAUCCUCAACGGCGGCGACAUGUCGAUGGUGGUACCGAACUACUACGUGAACAUCGAGGAGAACUACGGCGCUCCCAUUUAUUCCGUGCAUCGUGUUGAUCUCCACGACCAAUUGAAGGCGCUGGCCACAGGAGACGAUGGGCCGGGCAAACCCUGCAAGUUGCACGUUCGUGCCACGGCCGUUGACUACGAUGCAGCCAAUGCCACGGUGACGCUUGCCGACGGCACAGUCCACCAGGCGGACCUCAUAAUUGCAGCAAACGGUGUGCACUCGACGGCCAGGAACCAUGUCCUCGUUACCGACGAGAGCCACGCCAGCGACACGGGCUGGGCAACUAUGCGAUGGCUGGUGCCGACCGAGGAGUUGCUGGCCGACCCGGACACUGCAGCUCUUGUCGAAGACUCGACCCAGCGGUAUUUCAUGGGCGGUCGAGGCGGCGGGUUGGUCUGGUACCCGUGUAGAAACAACGAGGUCCAGAACUUCCUCUACCUCUCGCGGUCAUUUGCAAGCGAGAAUAUCACAGAAGACUUUCAGGCAGGCAUUGAGCCGACCAUGGUGAUGGACUACGCAAAGAAUGAGUUUAGUCCAGCUCUGCAAGCUGUUCUUGCGAAAGCCAGGGAUGUCCGAUUCUGGAAGCUGGUGGCUAGAGGCCCGAUUUCCUCGUGGCGCAAGGACUCUCUCCUGCUGAUCGGCGACGCUGCGCAUCCCAUGCUCCCCUUCCAAGCGCAAGGCGGCGGCCAAGCCAUCGAGGACGCCGCGGUGCUGGGCAUUCUCCUGGACCAGGUCCAAGACAAGGCCACCUUGGAGAAGCGCCUUGGGCUCUUUGAGAAGAUCAGGAGGGACCGGGGCUCGGCGAUCCAGACGCUCUCCAACUCUGGCCCGCCGAUGCCACAGAGCGUCCGCGACGCCGCUCUCAAGUACCUUCCCAAGGGUACAAACUUGCAGAAUCAGGAUGAUGUCAUCAAUGUCAUCUUCUCUUAUGAUGUGGUUGGCGAGACGAAGGAGGUCCUUGCUGCAAGUCUGUCGGGUGGGCAGAAUGGCCAUGCGAAUGGAGUGCAGAAUGGAGCGACGGAGCUCUGA